CCUAGCCCGGCGGAUGACAGACAUGAUCAGAGUCAUUGAUUUGCUUUUUGACAAGACUUAGAUUGGCGGCCACAUGAUUCAUCGAGCACUCGCUAGCAUUUGAGCACUCUAGCGCCAAAGACUUUCCUUUACAGAAACCAACAUCCUCUACCACCACCAAAAAAAGCCCCGCCUGCGUCAUCACCACCAUUGUGUCGUCUGCUCGUUUGUUUGCUACGCGGCUACCCGCGCAUUCGACUGUCGCUACACAACUAAUUUCGGUUCUUGCUUGCAACUACUGUUGCUUGACUGAUUCCCUUGACCGACUCGGCCUUCUGGUUGUUUUCACGGCCAGAGACUCGGUAGCAAAAAUACCUUUUUGCAGCUUUCCCUUCCAGCAUGACUAGUGAGCUUUGGACUAUUUCACAACGAUAUCUCGAACCGUGAAGGUUUCAUCUUGACCAAUGGCUACAACAACCCUAGAUGACUUAGUGGCGGAAUUUCCCCUGCUAGAUCCUACUGUCGUUAUCGCGAUCGCGAGCGAAAUAGAUCUUGAAGAUGCAAGCCAGCUCACCGACGUUCGCGGGAUGCUGCAGAGCAUAGCGCAGAAUGUGCUUGUCGAAGAGGCGAGCGGAUUCAACGCCAGCGGUGUCCCGGACACCAUCAGUUCCGUUGAUGGGGGAGUAGAUGCACGAGACAGCUCCACGGUCUCGGAGGGGCUUCAGCCGAGGGACUCGGAUUCCUCUGGAACCAGGCUGACGAGCCCGCCUCCGUCUGAACCGGAUUAUGACGUCCCCCGUAUAGCAACUUUUGACGGCGACUCGGAUCAAGAGAAACUCUUGCAGCUGCAGGAUAUGUUCUCAGACCUGAAGCCGCAUGAUGUGAGCUUCGCGCUCAAGAAAGCCAAGGGCGACUUCCAAGCCGCCCUGGAGACCUUGUUGAACAUUCAGUAUCUUGAGUCCAUCGGCGAGAGGCCAAAGGGCAUCGACGGCUUCGCGGAUUCGGGGCUGUCUCAGAAGGCGUCCGGGAAAAAGAAAGCCAAGGGAAAGAAACGAAAAGAUCUUCGUACGGACCUGUCGUCCAGCUCGAGUAGCAUCAAUGAAACUUCGCCCGUCAUUGACGAAAAUGAACGGGUUGAGAAGAUCCUGUUCAUCGUGGAGAAGCUCGAUCUGCCGUUCGAUGAAGUGUCGGAUGUCUUCGAUGCGCGGAAAGGCUCAACAGAACUCACCAUCAUAGAGUUCCUCGAUCGUUUUGUUAAGCAGGGUGUCGGUGCCUGGACUGGCGAAGAUGAGCACCGGAAGCAGUACAUUCAGGAACUCAAGAAGCAGUUCCGGCACAUUCCCGAACAGUACUUGUCUCCCCUCAACGAAGUCACACGUAGCGACCAUCAGUGGACAGAGGAGGUUGCUACGUUGCUGAAUCGUUACUAUGGCAAGUUGCCCGCCAAACGUCUGGACAUUAACUACAAGCUCGCGCCUUUGACGACGGAAGAGCUGGAGGGCUCGUCCGAUGGCUGGCAAAAGGUUGCCUCGCCAAAAACGUCACUCAUGUCGCCCAUUGGACGGCCCCUUAACAGCCCGGUUCUCCUGAAUAGCCCCUCGUCGGGACCCCGCACUUAUCAGCAGGCCAUGGACACAGCUGGCAUGUACCGCGAGGCCAGCAGUCACUCUUAUACGACUGCCGGCCAAGUGUACAAAAAGGGACAUUUGUACAGGCAGGCAGCAGGAUACUAUGCAGAUCGGGGACGCGAGGAGGCGCGCAGUUUCGCCAAGGCAAAGAGCGUCGCGGCCGAUAUACACGUUUCCAGCACUAGUUCAGGAAAGUCGAUCGAUCUCCACGGCGUCGAAGUUGCGGACGGCGUCCGAAUCGCUCGUGAGCGCGUUUGGGACUGGUGGAAUGGCCUCGGCGAGUACCGAGCAAGGAAGGCGGCCGAAGGCUUCACGAUUGUUACAGGCCGUGGCCUCCAUAGUGCCGGGGGCGUGUCGCGACUGAGACAGGGCGUUAUUGCCGCCCUCGUCAACGACGGGUGGAAAGUAUCGAUCGAAACUGGGAGCUAUCGUGUGACGGGUCGUCGUUGAUUCAGCUAGACUGACAGACGAGGUGGUGGUGUUUGCUGUUGGAAGGAAUGGCACUUGCUUGCAUCAACGUGCAAGUCUGGGCCCGGCUUCGAGAUCCUCGGAUGCUUCCGAGCAGGCACCAGCAUUAAGCAACUGUCCUGAAACUUGCAUAGCCGUCGCCCGGCGCUGCUGUGUUCAAAGUCUGAAUGGUGGAGCAUCGGCUUGACUGACAGCAUAUCUUGGUUAGCAUUAUCAAUCGGGCGUUCGAGAGAGCGAGUACAAUUGGACGAAUUCUGGGCGAAGACGUUAUCCCUUUGGAAAUUUUGAAAUUGAC